AACAUCUCACAUAACGCGAGAGGGCGGGGCUACAGGUAGUCACGGCCUUCAGCUAUUGGCUGCUUCGAAUCACGUGUAUUGUUGUCAAGAUGGCGUCUCCAAAUGGAGGUGAGGACUUUGAAUCUUCUCUGCUAAGUUUUGAAAAACUCGACCGAGCUUCACCUGACCUGUGGCCGGAGCAGUUACCGGGUGUCUCUGAAUUUGCUGCAUCCUUCAAAAAUCCUAUCACAAAUUCUCCGCCCAAGUGGAUGGCUGAACUGGAGUCAGAGGAUAUCGAAAUGUUGAAAGAAUUAGGAAGUUUGACCACAGCAAAUCUGAUGGAGAAGGUGAAGGGACUGCAGAAUCUGGCUUAUCAAUUGGGUUUGGAGGAAUGGAUAGGCUGUGGCAGGGCUGGCUUGCGUUCAUGAGAGCGUGUGUGUAAUGAUUCGUGGUGUCAAGCGGUUGGAGGGAGCGGUGAGAAGAGGAGAGCUCUCGGCUGGGACAUUAAGAGGAAGCAGUGGCUCCCUUGGGAAAUCACUCACCAUGUCUGCAUCUUAAAUAUCUCUGUGAAGUAUCAAUAAGUAGGUAAUUGAAUUUUGAACACAAACAUGAGCAUCAGGUGUAUGUGUUCCAAAGGGGGUGGGGGGUUUGUGUGCGAGUGUGUGUCUGUCCUCCCCCGUCCCAUGAGGUUUAGGCAGCGAGAAUGGAUGUUAAAUCUAUUAAAUAAAGAUUACUCCCCGUAAUAGCCAAGUGGCAGUUUCAGAUGUGCAACAGGGGCACGAUUAGUGUGUUUGACUUCUAAUGAAAGUGAAUUGGGGCAGUCAGGUUUUGGAGAGAAUUCAGUUUAAGGUCCGGGGUUUCAUUUUCUCCUCAGGCUUAAAAACAAACUGUAUUGUCUCUAGAUGUGCUUUAAUAGCCUCUAAAAGAUGCUUACAUCUCCCAAGAUAAAAGAGCAUUCAUUACAGUUAAACUGCAUUGAUUUUAAGCAGAAAAGUUUAAUGUUAGCUUAUAAUUGAUCCUAUUACUUUUAAUGUGUUGUUUGCAAUCCUAUGCAUUUAUUAUUUAAUACACACACACAC